UGAAUUAUUUGAUCCAAGCUGGGAUUAAAUCUUUUUUGUGAAUAUUUCUUAUUAUUCUAAUGUUGACGGGCCACGGGGGAGUUGAACAGUAGCAUCCUAAACACGAACUGUGAAGCUUGAUCUCGCCUCGGACAACAAUAGAAACGUAGACCUGAGUUAUUUCAUCAUGCGAAAGGCACAGUUCUUUUUCGUGUGUAUACUGGUAAUCCAUGGAGCUUUACUCGUUAACGGCGAUAUUGUCUGUCAGGACCUAGUGGAAGAGAUUAUAUGCAUAGAGGAGAAAGCAGGUGGAAAUUGUGAUGAAUAUCCUUGGAAUGCAAAAUGCCGUAAAACUUGUGGGCGCUGUGAUAAGUGUUACGAUGCUAGCAACUUCAUAACAUGCGAGGGUGAACUGGAAAAAGGAAACUGUGGCGACAUUGAAGUUGCGCAUGCGUGUAGUCGAACAUGUGCAACUCUCUCCUGUACUGGUAACAUACAUGAGAUUGUGCAUCAGCACGAUCAAGUGCGCUAAUUACCUUAUCGUGACGCCAUGACGUUUGAACCACUUCAAUAACUUCACCAACUCUAAUUUGAAUGAAUUAUCUACAUAUAUGGAGAAGAACAGGCCUCCUAGAUCCCGAGCUCGUACCCAGUCGCUAUUUACGGGUUAGAUUGGAUUGUCUCAAAGAGAAAACGGUCUGGACCGAGUGGAGCGCGCAGAGAGUUAUGGGAAGAGGCGGAAAACCUUGCACUCUUAUCAUGACACCCCCACGCUUUAAUCCACCCUAGUAUCCAAUCUUCUCUCGAUCUGCCCGGAUUACGUAAAUAGCGACUGGGUACGAAUCUGUUCUAGAUCUGUAUAAUACGUUGACAAGUCUUUCACAAGUCGGCUAGUGUUCACAAAUUUACUUGAAUUCUCUAACAGGUGGCAGAUAUGAUUUUGUGAAGUCCGGUUUGUGUUCGACAAAAGAAAACAACUUCCCUUUGAUUACAUGACUUUGUAAUGUUCAUAAACAAUAAAGCCAAUUCGUUGACAUUGGUAAGUUGAAAUCAGUAAUAAAAGUAGAUAUAUAGAGUUACGUUUCGGGGGCCAAAAAUAACCUGAUUCUCACUAUGUUAACCCGGCCGUGAGUGACAAGCAAUCUGAGCUUUUGUCAUUUGCGCACCGGCAUGCAUGAGUGUCCCGAUGGGGCUGGGCACGAGGCUGCCUCUGCGGCACUCUUCUGCGCAUGUGUGGCCAUGCGCUUUUCAUCUGAUCCGAUGGUUCACUUCUCAGAGUUUGUGGUGAAUCACCACAAAAAUUGGAGUUGUGCAACCCGGGUGAGAGUUAUGAUGUGUAAAUAUAAAAAUUUAGGUGAACUAUCACUUGAUAUCAACUAGCUUCUUUAAAAUCCGUGUCUACCUUCAAAAAGCAUUCUUCCUAUGAAUGAAGUGUUUUUGUAUAAGCCUAUUCGGUUUAACCCCAAUCGUUGACACUCAGCUUUCAUUAGACUACACCAGCCAAAUGGUCCCUUGUCUUUUACACUCUUUCAACUGUGAACCCCUCCUCUUUUUGAAAUAUAUCCAACGAACAUUGAAAGAUUGUUCAACUCUUUAUAAUCUUCUCUGGCUUUUAGCCUUUUCUCCGCCAUGUUGAAAUUAAUCCAUAUGGGCAUGCGUUUAACGGUUUUGU